AUGGAUAUUCCAUCACAGUUACCUCUGAUACUUCAAUGUAAACCAAGAUCAAUGACUAGAAAAUUUUCCGGAUUCGAUGCGUGCGGCUUAUCGGACGUGCCGCACAUAGAAAGCUUACAAGAAAAAUCACAGUGCGCCCUCGAAGAGUACUGUCGGAGUCAGUACCCAAAUCAGCCAACGCGCUUUGGGAAGCUCUUACUAAGGCUACCAUCGUUACGGACUGUCAGUUCCCAAGUGAUAGAGCAACUGUUCUUCGUGAGACUUGUGGGGAAGACGCCUAUUGAAACCCUCAUCCGGGAUAUGCUGCUAUCAGGGAGCUCGUUUUCGUGGCCGUACAUGGCGACCAUGUACCAACGUGAGGUAUCGCAGCCAGAGGACGCGGUCACGUCCUCGAGUGAGUUCCAUGAAAGCACCGAAGCUGCUGCUACUUCAGACGAGUACUUCGGGUCGAGAACGAGCAGAGACAGCGAGAGAGCCGACCCCUGUCCAACUUUUGAUCCUAUAUCAGCAUUCUACGCUCCUAAAACGAGCGAAGAGACAUUCGACGUGCCAACCGCGACUGGAGACACGCAGAAGAACGCUCAAAAGACUUCCAUGAUGAUAGACAAUCUGUUGAACAUACGGAGUCAGGAUUCGUGCUCGAUUCCAGAGAUGAAAUAA